AUGAAGGAGAGGGUCCACUUCAGUCCAGUCAUUCUGGACCCAAACACUGCGUACCGCUGGCUCCAUUUGUCUGAUGAUCUGACCAGUGUGAGAUUUGGUGAAACUAAGCUGCAGCUUCCUGAUAAUCCAGAGAGAUGCACUGAGCGUCCAAUUGUUCUGGGCUCUGAAGGCUUCAGCUCAGGGAAACACAGCUGGGAGGUAGAUGUGGGAGACCACCAAGUCUGGUUUUUGGGUGUCGCUAAAGAGUCUGUUGACAGAAAGGUGGAAUUAUCUCCUUCACCAGAAGAUGGAAUCUGGUGUUUGAGAUUUCAUACAGGAAAUUAUACAAAUGGAGAAGGAAAGACUCUCCCUGUGACCAAGAACCUCCAGAGGAUCACAAUCCUGCUAAACUAUGACACAUCAGAGGUGUCCUUCUACAACUCUGAAGACAGGACUCACAUCUACACUCACAGAGACACUUUCACUGAGAGAGUUUUUCCAUAUUUUGGAGUUGGAAAGGCUGGUAAUGCUAAAACUGCUGAAAUCAAAAUCUGUCAAACAGAGAUUCCUCUGUGA